GUUGCACAGAUUGAGGCGAUGAUCUCCGAAGUGUGUUGAAUUUGGGCACGGUUUGCAGUCGAGGUCCGAUGUGUUCGUCGAUUCGAAUUGUGCGACUGUCUAGGCCCAUUCCAUUGAUGUUGUGUUAGCUCACGUGGCAGAACCAAGUGUUACUUGAUCCGCCUGUUCUGCCCCCGACCCUCUGGUGCGGCCCCCAAGAGUAUCACCGAUCCAGCCCAUCGAGGUCUCGAACCGGCGGCACGCAGUCAGGACGCUCAGCGGUGAAAAUAUAUUGCCCGCUUCGAUGUACGAGGAGGGGAUUGGGGACCCUGUUCAAUAUUCCAGUAUUAGUGAUGGGUGCUGGGUUUCCUCCGACUCUUUCCCAUCAUCUCCCCUCUCCCCCUCUGCUCCUGCCGAGGGGUGCUGCCUCGGCGCCGGCUGGUUCAGUGCGCCGCGCAUCCAGAGGGCACGGCCGACCUCCCAGCGGCCGGCACCGGAAGCUGGAGGUCGUUGGAAAGUGGCUGCUGCAGGUCAGGCUGGAGGCAGGGGGGGCAGAGCCGGCCCUGAGAGCUUCACGCCGGCCGGGCCACCGUGCCCUGGCCUUGCCCCAGAGCGCAGGCACGAGCAGACCGUCAGAGCACCAUCUCCUGCCCAGCCUCCUCGGUUUCGAGAAGCAGCGCGCGUGCCCUGUCCUCUGCGACACGGGCACCCAGUUCUACGUGACCAUAGAGGAAGGGAGAAGGAGAAGGAGUGGAUGAGGAGGAGAAGCAGGCAGGAGGAGGAGGAGGGAAGCGGUGGUGGGUGGAGUAGCAGGAGGACCACGAAGGACUGCCUGCGCGACUGCAACCGGCUCGUCAAACUCUUCGACGGCACGGAUGGGCCGCGCCCAGGCACGACCAUCCACGGUGAGGCCGAGUACGAGUCGGACGCGGUCCCCUGCUUCCCGGUUGCAGAUGUGAACGUGAUCGGCAUCCCCUCGUUCGAAGACAUUGAUGUCCGCCAUGACGACGUCAUCGAUUUUGGGGAGAUGGCUCUCUACGGAUUUCUCUUGUGCAUCCCUGAUGCCGCGGUCAAUGAUUUGUUCUAUUCUCUCGAUCAGGACCAGGACUCACUAGUGACCCACCUGGAAUGGAGCAGCACAGGACUAGCCGUCUCCGCCGAGUCGCAGACUUCCGCGACUACCACACUGUCGCAGACGACCACACCAGAGCCGACAGCGAAUGGCUACAUCAAGGAGCUAAUUGAUGGACCCCUCCCUUCGUUCAAUGCCCUUGACAUGAACAAGGAUUCGAGUGUCGAACCCUACGAGUUCGCAGGUGGUUUCAUGAACGUCCUCAUCGGGCAGCACCCUUUUAUGUCCCCACUUAUCCGAGCUUUGGUCUACGAUAGCCUCUCAGACGACCUGUUUGAAACCGUUGACACGAACGGAGACGGUUACGUGAGCAAGGAGGAGUGGGACGCCGCUGUCAAAGUCCUGGGCAUGCCAUCGAGUCAGUUGGGCCCAAGCUCAUCGACACCACCGACAUCGAGAGAACCAGCACCUCCUGAGCUGCCUACAGGUACCGUCGAGCCAGAGAAUGAGAUGGACCACGCAGCUCGACGAAGCAAUCCAUACGACACGAGUGAGAAUGCCCCGUAAGCCGGCGGAAUUGGGAUAGGACAGCCCUUCUAGUGCGCCCUUGCCUCCAGGACGGCAGGGCGCGAUGUCCACCGCCAACCAGCCCCCAGAAGGAGAGCCCGAGCCUUGCGAAACAGGUGAUCCCGCUUCUCGUCUCAGCCUUCUCCUCGCCGUUCGAGACUGGCGGCCCGACCUUCGCAAGCGUCUCCUGUGAACGCCUCCUGCUGUGCCGCCUCCUCCUCCUCCCUCCAGGGCCCUCGGCCCAUCCUCGGCCCCCCAGGCCUGAGUGCCCCCCUGG